GCAUAAAUACCUUGUUAAGGACUUCAAGUUCUACGGACAAAACUUCUUUUUUUAUACCAUCAGUUACCAACGCUCCUAAAGCGGGUGACCGUUUGGUGUUGCAUCAAGUAAGGAGCAAAGACAAAGUAAAGUCACUGUCUUUACGCUUGGGGGAGUUUUGCAUGCACCAGGAGGGUGAAAAGGAAAGCCAGGUAGGCAGCCACGCGUCGUAGAGAGUAGUUGCAGUAGUCAGCGUGGAGUUGUGGCGACUGGAACUCUGUUCGUAAUGAACUGGGACCCUGUGUUUCAGCUGUCAUCGUUGACGUCUGAGUCUUCAGUUAGGCUAUCAGAUUCUUGGUUCAAACAGCGAAGUCGCAAACUAUUCCACGAAUCAAGUACGAGUAGCGAAGGGAGUUCUGGAAACCAGAUGUCCAGUGAUGGGCAAAAGAUGGUGCUACAGCUUGUGCUGCCCCAAACGGGCGCUGAAAACAUUAAACAAGAGCCACCCAUAACACCGGACUAUAUUCGUUAUGAUCUGUUCAAACCUCGGAAGGGUUACCAGAACACACAUGCACAUUUCUUUCCGAACGCCCAGCAGUCUGAUUGCCUGGGUAGGGGCCUCAGACACUCCAGCUCUGACAUGUGCAUCCCAGAUGCAAGCGAACUGACCGUGACGUCCCUGGAAGGUUCUGUCUGUAACCUGGACCGAGCAGACCCUCCGCCUACUCCUCCGGAGGAGAAGAUCAAGAUGUUUAGGGGCUACCUGACCGUGAUUCUGAGCUGUGUGUAUGCAGUGUUCAUAGUGACCCUGGGGGUGGUUAUCUAUGUCAGCGACGUCGCCUUGCGGAACGGAACUCCUCUGGCUGAGACCUUCAGCAUCUACCUCGUUGUGUUUGGUCUUGCCUACUUUGCCUUUCUGUACGCGGAUAUCAGACGCUACUUGAGAAAGGUGAAAAGUAGAAACUCCAUUCUACUUAACAAGGAUGAUGGUUCGAUCAAGGACAGUGGCGUCGCGUUCCAGAGCUUCUCCGGAGAGAACCCCCAUCUCGUCAUCCCUCUGCCUAGCAAACUGGCCGAGGGUCCACUGCCUCACCAAUACUGCUUAAGCAAGGGGAGGCAUUCCGGCAGCUUCUAUCUCAAAGUGGGAGCCGCAGGUUUCUGCUUUGGCCAUCUUAUCCACAGUGGCCUCAUGCUCGGUUACCAGAUCGUGUAUCUGCGAGCGGAAGGAGAAGAAUUUUACAACUGCGCCAGCAUCGCAACUCUCCUUCUAGACGUGCUUUAUCCUGUGUAUUCCUUCUUGCAAUUGUUUUUCAUAUUUAAAUAUUCAAAUGUGAUCAUCAACCGCUGCAAGGAAUUGGCAAGAUUCGCCCUGAUGCACUGCAUUGCUUCCAGCCUGUGUUUCUGGAUUUGGACAAUACUGAGGGAGACGUUAGAUUCUCUCAAUUCCUAUGCCAAAUAUGAUGACAACGCGGACGAUGAUGACAGAAGUGAAGAAGGUGAUCUAUUCGAGAACCCCGUCGACCAUGAACAACACGUGGGAGAUGGAGUCGUAGGUGGAAGGAUAAUAUACAGGGUGAGUCAGAACUGGUGCAAGAAACCUGAUCCAAUGCUUGAACCAGACUUCGUGGUGGGACAAAGGUCAUUGCCGGCCGCCAGCUGUUCUUUCCAUCAUUGCCAGCCAAUUUUCACCCUAUCUGUACCCAUUCACGAUCGAAUACAGCAUUCUUGUGGGUGA